CCGGACUAAUGGAUCGGAGAACGGAAAACAGGAUGUCAGACUCAAUCACAGCUCGCUUAUCAAUGAGGCAAAUUGUGCAUGUGGCUGAUGGCUCGAGUAGUAGCCGUGCCUGCACCCACCCCCCCCGGGCUAGAUCGUUACCAAGGAGUACAUGUCAGAGGUGUGGAGCCGGUGGCUAUAUGCCAUUCACUUGUGCCCCAGCCCAACGUGCAAAGUCAGCAGCUGUAGGGUAACACAUUUUAUACACAAAAUGGGUUGCUGUGGUGCUCCAAACUGACGCAUGUUGAUCUCCCCCUAGCUAGCGACUCCGAAGAAUAGCCCGAGGACCGCCACUUUCCGUACAACCACUAGAGUGGAUCGAACCGGCAACCAUUUCAUGGCUGGCACCCAGCUGGGGCACUGUCAGUAUUAGCACAAAUGUACGAGGCGCAUGCAAAG